AUGGAAGCUUCUCCAGCACAGAAAGUCAUCUUUGAUCCAGAAAAUGACUAUAAAAUCAGAGUCAUCGAGCCAGAACAAUUCAAAGAAACAAAGAAACUCAAAGCAGGUUGCGAUCAAUUUUCAACUGAAGUUAAUGAUUUUAUGGGUGCUGUUAAACAGUUCUUAGAAUUCAUGGAAACACAAAGCCGUCGCGUCGAAGAUCAAAAACUCAGGUCAAUUGCCCUCAGAAAUCGUGUGCAAGAAGAAAUUGAAUCUCGCAAGAAAGCUCAGAUGGAUAUUCAAAAUCUCAUCGAAUCAAAGCAGAAGCAACUUGAAAAACUUAACGCUGAAAUACGCUCAUGGGAAGAAUACGAUAGACAGCUCGCAGAAAAUAAAGAUAAGCUAGCAAUGAUCUAA